AUGUACUCGUUUGGUUGUAGCACGGCGGACCAACUCCCAUUUGACUCUCGCUCAUUGAAGCCAUUGUUAUUCUUGUCUAUUGGUCUCUUCAUCGCAAACGCUUGGAGCACUUCCGCAUCCAGGAUGGGUUCCUUCAUGGGGUGGGACACUCGGUUUAGAGUUCGAGAAAGAGCUGGACGUGGACAUAACGGCUAUGAAAAGAUACGGCAAGGCGCUGGAGGAAUGAGUGUAUUCAUUAGACCAAUCGGCGAGUCUGUUGGCGGACAUUUCCGUUGCGGUAGGGAUGUUCGGAGAGCUGAGUACACGGACCAUCUUGAUCACGUCUAUUUUCCAACCUUUGCGAUCAACGGGCACGCAGAAACUGCUCAGGAGUUUGUCAUCAACAACCCCUCCGCCGUUGGACUCUUGAAGAAGUUCGCUCUUGGUGGCUGCGACAGUUUGUAUCCAGCUAGGUAUAGCACCACUCCUUGCGUCAAUGUUCUUGCAAAGAAUAAUGUUUGA